AUGUCUUAUACCACAUUUUAUUUGUGUUUAAUUUUUGGGUUAGGAUACAUAUUCUUUGGAGUUGAAUCAUAUGUUCCUGUAGGACGUAUAAGUCAUUCCUCUAUACUUAUUGGAAAUAAGAUAUAUUAUUUUGGUGGAAUAACAGACGUAGGAGCAUCAGAUGAUGCAUUUUAUCUUGAUUUAUCUCAAUCAUUUGAUGUAGUAAACCCACCAUGGACUCAAAUACCUAAUAUUCCGUUUAGAAGUUCAUGGGCGUCUGUUGCAUCAGAUAAUUCUAAUAAUGCAGAUAUAUAUCUCUUUGGAGGAAUAAUGUUUGAUGUAAAUAUACAAAAAGAUUCAUUUAAAUCAUUUGUAUAUAAAUUUAAUAUUAAUUCAUUAUCAUGGAAUAUACCUACUGUUAGUGGUACUGCUCCCUCAAGACGAAUAGAAAUGAAAGCUAUUAGUGAUAAUUCAGGAAAAAUUUAUAUUUUUGGUGGAGCUGCUAAUUCUUUAGUAGGUGCACAAACCAGAACGUUUUUUAGCGAUAUGAUAACUUUUGAUAUCGCUGAUUCAUCAUGGUCAAUUAAUACUGCGGUUAAUGGACGUGCUACAUAUUCAGCGACAUUAUUAUCAAAUGGUAUUAUUGUGUAUGUAGGAGGACUUGAACCCUUUAAUGGAAAUAACGAUGUAGUCCUAAUAGCAGAUAUUUCAAAAAUUCUUCUUUUUGAUACAAAUUCUUUAACAUGGUCAACGAAAUCAGCGAUAAUUAAAGCUUCAGUCCUAGUCGAAAGUCGUCAUGCGCAUUCAGCAGUAUUAGCUCCAAAUGAUCAAAUUAUUAUUUAUGGAGGUACUCGUAGUACCGUCAAUGAUGUUGACUUUAAUCAAGCAUCUCCAGAUGUGUUAGUUUUAGAUACAAAAAAAGAUUUAUUUGAAAUAACAGCACCGAAUGUAUCUACAAAUAUUGGCAAAUUUCCAACACUUACGGCUCAUACAGCGAAUCUUUACGGAAAUUAUAUGAUUGUGGCUUUUGGAAUUAAAGGGAAUAUUACUCGACAAAAUGUCAUAACAUUAUAUAGAAAUGAAAAAAUUUACGUAAUGGAUAUAAGAAAUUUUACAUGGGUCAAUUCACUUGAUCUUAGUCAAGCGGAUAAUAAUAAAGUUUCUGAUUCGCAAUCUUCUAAUAAUGAUAAAACAACAAUUAUCCUUGCAUCAGUCCUUGGAAUUUUAGGAGGUUUAUUAGUUUUAAUUGGUGGAUUCUUUGUUUAUAGAUGGAUCAAUAAACGGAAACGAGAAAAAGACGAUCCUGGUUUUUUUGGUUCGAAUAUUGAUAGAUGA